ACAUGUGGGUCAUGGACUCUGGUGCUGCAUGGACAAUGACACCACGCAAGGACUUGCUGGAUGCUGUGCGAGCGCCUCCAAUCUCUGAAGUGCGCUCAGCAUCCGGACAUGCAGUGAAGGUCGCUGGAGUUGGUCGAGCUGCAUUCAGAGCACCUGAUGGUGGACUGGUUGUGCUGAAGGAUGUGUUACUCGUACCGGGGCUGAAGGCCAACCUGAUAUCGCUGCGCAAGCUAGGCCAGGCCGGAGUCAGCACCACCACCAAUGGAUCCAAAACAUUCAAGGGGCUGCGAGGAGAUCGUGUGUUAUGGGAUUUACACGAAAGCAGAGAUGUCUUCAGAUCCAUGUGGCAGAUCCCUGCACUGAUAUGGGAAUCAACAAAGAAGGAGUUGGGAGAAGUAAAGGCGGGUUCUGGAGUCCAGGGGAGUGUAAUGCAGUUAGUGCUGCAGGAGUGACGGUUUCUGCAAGGUCGGGGGAGACUGAUUGGGAAACCGCACACAGGCGUCUAGGGCAUGUGGCUAUGCCAUUGCUGCAGCAACUGCAUAAGGAAGAAGCAGUAAAGGGGCUCAAGCUUUCUGGGCAACCAAAUGCUACCAAGUGCGAGACGUGUCUGCUGAGCAAGUUCACACGGUUCCCCUUUCACGGCGUAGCUGGGAAAAGCAAGGCAGCACUGGAACUGGUGCACAUGGACCUCGUAGGACCUUUUCCAGUCCGAGGAAGUAAGGGGGAAAGGUACUUCCUGACAAUAGUUGAUGACUGGAGUCGGCUGAUAGAGCAAGGGGUGGCUACUCUGGGAGCCCUCAAAGAAUGUGCUGUUUGAUAGUCGGGAUGUCAAAUUUGUGGAGAACAUCAUGUAUGGCAAGUGGGAGAAGCAGCCGGAGGCAAGGGUCACCCAGCAGCUGGAAGAGAUCACUAUGCACUUCGAUCUGUCCGAACCUGAGGACAGCGAAGUCACUGCGCCAACGGCAAGCGGUACUGAUGAAGGAAGCAAUGAGGAUAUUGCAGCUGAUGCUGAAGUCAAGGAUCCGGAGCAGCAGCAGCAAGAGGCUUCCAAAACACCAAGUCUGUCAAAGCGAAGGAAAC